GCAGCAGGCGGGAGGGGAGCCAUCAAGGAGGAACUGCCCUGGUAUUUAUGUUGAUGUGCACGUGGGUUUAAACUACCCCCCCUGGGAAUAUAAGCCUGUAUGACUUUUCUUAAUCCAUGCUCAGUUGGAGGGUUCUGGGGCAGCUUUCUCCCCUCCCUUCUCGCCUCUCCGUUCUUAUAGCUCAGGCUGCCUCCAGCCAGCGUUGGCCACCGGACUUGCUUACCCUGAGCGCUUGAAGGUGCAGCAAGUUGUGAGAAUGAACCCUUUUUGCUCUGAGACAACCUGCAUCUUCCUGGCUGUCCUCGCUGUGCUGGGGGGGAUAGCUCUUUGCAAAUACAACAAAUGCCCAGGACUUGUGCAGUUGGCCAUCUGCCUCGUGAGCCUCUGGGGAGGGGCUUGCUGGCUCAGUCUGUCCCUCUUCUGGGGCUUGGUCCUUUUCUCCUUGUCAUGUUUUUUUGUGUAUACUUACUCAUCUGGCCAAGAAUUGUUACCUGUGGAUCAAAAGGCAGUCCUGGUGACAGGUGGCGAUUCUGGAAUCGGCCAUGCUUUGUGCAAGUAUCUGGACAAGCUGGGUUUCACUGUCUUCGCUGGCGUUUUGAAUGAAAAGGGCCCAGGAGCAGAGGAAUUGCGAAAAACCUGCUCCCCACGUCUCUCGGUGCUUCAGAUGAAUAUCACGAACCCGGAGCAGAUAAAAGAUGCUGUCAGCAAAGUUGCAGAGAAGGUGGAGGACAGAGGACUGUGGGCUUUGAUCAACAAUGCUGGGGUCCUUGGCUUCCCAACUGAUGGCGAGCUCAUUCCCAUGACUGAGUAUAGACGGUGCAUGACUGUGAACUUCUUUGGCGCUGUGGAAGUCACGAAGGCAUUUUUGCCCCUUCUUAGGAAAUCCAAGGGGAGGCUGGUGAACGUCAGCAGCAUAGGUGGCUGGGCUCCAAUGGAAAAGAUGGCAGCCUACGGCUCAUCAAAGGCCGCUCUCACCAUGUUUUCAUCAGUUAUGAGACUAGAGCUUUUGAAAUGGGGAAUUAAAGUAUCUGUCAUCCAGCCUGGAGGCUUCCGAACAAGUAUCGCAGGCACCAGUGACAUGUGGGACAAGAUGGAGAAGGACAUUAUGGACCACCUCCCUGCCGAGGUGCAGGAGGACUAUGGCCAGGAGUACAUCCAAGUGCAGCGGAAAUUCCUCAGCUUCAUCAACGGGCAGGCCAACCCAGACUUCUCCCCUGUGGUGCAGGACCUCACGCAUGCGGUCUUGGCUAAGAGCCCCUUGGCCUUCUAUGCACCAGGGAAAUUCGCUUACCUGUGGUUCUGCUUGGCUUCCUUUUUACCUACUAGUGUGUUUGAUUAUACUAGGAAGUCUGGCCCUGGAAAGUGCAUGCCCAGAGCUCUGAGAGUGCCUAACUCUAAGAAUAAGGCCACGUAGGCAGUGAAGACCUCAAAGGAGCGGGGAUUUGUAUAAUCUUGGAAUGAAAGGGAACUGUGAGCUUCCUAUUAAAGUUGUUCCUUAUUU